GAAAUUGGCAGUUUCGUUUGACAUGCUCACCUAUCUUGACUGAUCGAGCAGUUUACCCACAAGCGCUUCUGUUUGAGAUUGGUUCAUUCACUGAACAUUUCCGCUUGUCACCAGGGAUAUUGUAUUUCAAAGAUCUUAUCUAAUUCAAAAUUUAUAACCCGUUACACCAAUUCAAAUCUCCAUUUCACCGCCAAAAUGCAUCGGGGUAACUUCGCGUGGCUGUUUCUGGUCGUUCUUGUCUCUGCUGGUCUCCAACUUACGACUUGUGGUCCAGUGAACACAGAUAAACAACAAGAGAACGAAUUAAGAAAGAGCAACUUGCCGUUUGUCCGGCAGUAUGAAGAGGCACCUAGAGGAGAUCCUGGCUCAUUCCUAGAUGAUACUGAAGUCCCAGACCGAAUGUACAAAAGAAUUUUCUACACAGGACCCAAAGGCAGAUCAUCCCAAGGUGAUACUGAAAUCCCAGACCGAUUGUACAAAAGAAUUUUCUACACAGGACCCAAAGGUCUCGUAGACAACCAAAAUCCAGAAAAUCAAGGAAGCGAUUCAUCAAAGACAAGACCGAUGGACGAAAAGAAGCCUCUUCCAGGACGAUUUCGAGAAUUCCAAACCAGUGAUGCCGAACAAAAGCUGAAGACGCUGAUGGCUUUAAGAGAUCGUGCGAAGGCCAUCCAUGAAGAUCUUGCCCACUCAGUGUUAGAACAAGAGGCAUUGAUGGAAAAUCGUCGGGGAACAGCUGCGUAAAGCUCCUAAAUGAGAUGAGCUCCUGAAAGCCGGAUUGUAGAGACAAAAGAUUAGUAGUUAGCCUUUAGAGAAGAUAGAAAAGAACAUAGGGACCUGAUAACAAAGUCACCUAGCCAAGAAUAACUUGACAAGUUCAAACUGUUUUUGUUUCAUGUUUUGCAAUGCACUGCAGUUUAUCUAUUUUUAGAAAUUUCCUCGGGUUUUAGUUUUCUUUCUUUUUACCCGAAUACCUAAAACGAAAGUUAACCUUUGAAGCCAAGGUUUUUUUUUUAAUAUGUUCUGGUAUAAAACUGAUUCGGUUCGCUUCCGUAAAAGCCUUGUCGACGUAGUAUCUUCUUUAAGGCUGUUUAUAUAUUUUUUUUUUUUACCAGACUGGAACAGAAAUACCGUUUAGUGUGUAGUUUAUGCACGGGGCGCCUACUAUAGUCACGGUUUACGUUUCCAAAAUAGAUCUACCAAGUUUAUUUAGGUAUUAAAAAAGUAUAAUCCACAAUGAUAUUUUUCUUUGGUGGUAGAGUAUGUAUUUAAUCUUAAGACUGAAUGAUAUUAUUCUGUUGCGUCAGUGCUAAUGUAAUUAUUAUCAUGUAAAUCAAUUUGAGUCAGUAAAGAAACGAGUAACCACGAAA